AUGAGUUCAGAACAUUUGGAAAUUCAUCGAUUAUUUUAUGUGGAUCAUAAUUCUUCUGCAAGCGACGAAGAAUACAAAAUAGUAAGCGAUUCUCAAAAUAUGUCCAAAAUUAUCGUGACAUUGCAUCAAUUAAAUCCUGAACAAGAACAAGUAUUUGGUAUCUUCGGUGACAAAAACUCUCUUGAGACUUGCUUAUCUUCAUUAUUCUCAAAUAAUCACACUGAUAUUAAAUCGAUAUUCAUGACACAAGAUUCAAUGCCAGCUAUUUGGGUAGUUUAUAAUACUAUGAAAUUUGUUUUUCUACUUGUUUUUACUGAUGAUAUAAGUUUAGAAAAACACAAUUAUUUCAUGAGUGUGAUGCAAAGAUUUCUACAAGAUAUAUGUCAAAAUAUUAUUAUAUGCCCAUCAGAUACAUUUUUUUCUGAUUUUUCAACACAGCACUCUUUUCAUGGUAAACCACAUGAAACAAGAACAUAUCGACAGGUGAAGAAAGAACAAGAUGAUAUUUCGCCACCACAAAAAAUUAAGCUCGAUGACAAGGAUAUUUUCAAGACUUUAUUGACUGGACAGCAGCGAAAGAUUCUUAUUACUAAUAAUACAGCAAAUAUAUAUUGUUAUGAAAAAUUAUUUCAAGAGCCAAAUCAAAAGUCAACCACCAAUAGAUAUGAUAAACUGAAAGAAUCAUUAGCAAUUGUUUUAAAUAUUAACACACUGACUCUACGUCCAAUUUUAUUUUGUUGUUUUCAAUAUGGAAUAUUUUUAUCAACAAAUCAGGAAUUACAAAUCCAGAAGCUUCUUGAAGAGCAUACUACAAAAUACAAGAAUGAAAAAUUAAAUAUUCAUGAACAAGCAAGUGCGUUAGUAAAAAAGUUAUUUGGUAUCGAGAAUACAGUUGCUAAAUUUUUUACAAUGGGUACCAGUAUCGAUCAGAAUUUAAAGCAUCAGUUAUACAAUGAGGCAGCUGAAUGGUUAGUCAAUCCAAAGUAUAUUAAUGAAAGUGUAGAUCAGUUUUAUAAUAGAUUUACCAGCACAUUCCAUAGGCAUAUAUCAAAAAAUUAUAAUAUCGACGUUAAACGAAUGAACGAUUUCAAAUCAAUACUGCAACAUAUCGAUAAGAAAAAGGUCAUGCUUAAAUUAAAACAAAAUUUGGUAGAGCACAUAUAUAUAACAGUUCAAUCUGAAAUACAGUACGAAGUUUAUUAUAAUAUUUUACCAUUAUCUUAUACCUUAUUUAAUGAUACAGAUAAUAGCUUACAGUAUUUUACUGCUACCCGUUCAACUCCGAUUUGUAUAAGACUGCAUGAUCUUGGUCAGUUCAUUAAUAUUUCUGAUUUAUCAGAGAUAGAUCGUUCGACCUUUGCAAAACAAACAGAACUUAUUGGCUGCUUCAAAAUGAAUGAUGGUAAAACUGAAAUCAUUGUUAUAAAAAGACCCACAAUCAUAUCUAAGAAAUUAGGUGCACCAGGAUACACUGUUGUAUUACAUAAGAAUAAAAUAUUCAGAAAACUAACAGAUUUUCAUCUUUCGAAUGUUCGUUUGGCAUAUUCAUUUAAUUCAAGUACACACACCUUAGCUCUAUAUAAUAUUGAUCAAGGAAAUGUAACAUUGUGUUUAUUAGAUGAUUUUGGACACAUACAACAAAUUUCUUGCCUGUCUUUACAUGAUCAUUCAAAAAAGCCAAUAGGCGUUAGAAGUCUUGCGUUAACUGUCGCACAAAAUUUACUCAUUCUCAUUGAUUCCAAUUCCAACGUAUAUGAACUAAAUAUUUCAGAAGACAACUACGUAAAUAUAUCUCAACUGUCUAAAAGUAGAACUAAUUCUCAAGAUACGUCAAACUUCACAGCUGACAAUGGUGAUCUUUAUCAAGCAGUGCAAACGAUUGGAGACAAAAAUCCUGUUUUUUUCUUUCAAGCUAAAUCUUCUAUUGAUAUUAUUAAUCAAAACUACUGUCAAAUACACAGUAUUAUAUUAGAACAUCAACCAUCCGUGUAUGGAAUGCAAAUUUUUACAGAUUUUAUUGAUACAUAUUGUGCAGUAUUUAAUGCACACUUUAGUGAAGUUUAUUGUAUUCAAAAUCUUAUAUCUGAUACACGAAUUGAACGUCAAUCAAGUUUCAAUAAUUUAGAAAAAUCAACUAAACAAUAUAUUGGUAAUCGAAUAUUAGAUAUUAUUAAAAGAGGUGAAUUACAAUUUGGAGUUCCAGAUUCUUCAGAUGAAACUCAAUAUUAUUUUGAUCUUCCAUCAAAAUAUAAUAAAUAUUCUGAUCGUAUCAAGAAAUAUUUUAAAGAUUUAAAUAUGAAAGCACACUUAAAACUCGGUUAUACAGAUACUGAUUUUAUUUCUCCAUCAUUGAAUAUUCAAUUAUUAGUUACAAAUAUAGUUAGUCGAGUACCGUUACAACUUUGCACAAUUGAAAUGGGUACCCUUGUACCAUUGAAUAACGGGCGACGCGAUAAAAUGGAUCAUUUAUCGUCGAAAUCAUUUGGCAUUGAAAUGAAAGCACGAGAAAUCUCACUAUCGUAUUUGGAUAAUAUUUUAAACAAUAUCAACGAUGAUAUCAAGGUUAUUGGAAUUAUUGGUCGUCAAUCUACUGGAAAAAGUUAUUUAAUGAAUAAAAUAUUUCGAACACGUUUUGCUGUUGCAGCUGGACGAUGUACCGAUGGAAUUUGGAUGAGUUAUGCCUAUUUUGAAAAUGCACAUUUUAUUGUAUUGGAUUGUGAAGGGUUAUUUAGUGAUCAACGAACUGAAGACGAAGAAAUCAAGCUUAUUUCAUUUUUAUCUGCUCUAUGUGAUAUUACAAUUCUUAGUCAAGAUUUAGGAUUUAGUCGUUUUCAAGAUCGAUUAUUUGGUAUAUUAUCUCAAGCGGUUGAUAAAAUAGGCAUUAAUGAUAAAUUAUUCAAAGGUAUAUUAUUAGUUGCAAUACGUGACAUUAGUGAUAGUAAUGCUGAUGAAUCUAUUAAUGCUGCCGAAAAGAAAUUUUCGGAUUUACAAAGAAAAGGUAAAAGUGGUUUUCUUGAACAACUCUUUUCUAACACAUUCAAAAUACAAUUAUUACAUCAUUUCGAAAAUAAAAAUUUCGAUCAUGAAAUUGAUAAUUUACGGCAAAUAUUCAUUAAACAUGUUAUAAAAGAUGAAAUUACAGGAUCAAAAAUAGCUUGUCGAUGGGGAAAUGGAAAAGAUUUAGCUGAUCGAUUAAAAAUUCUUCUAAUACAAUUAUAUACAGAUGAUUUUAUUGAUUCAAAUAAAAUACAUUCUGAUAUGAAAUUUGCUGAGUUAGAAGACGAAAUGAAAAAAGCUUGGACCAAAUUUCAUUUAAAUAACGAAGAAAGUAUUGAAUUAAAAGAGCAAUUAAUUGAAAAAAAGAUCGAAGAUACACUAUAUUCAUUAAAAUUAAAUCAUACUCUUUUACAAUUUGAUGAAAACUCACCGGAUAUUAAUUUUGAAAAUAUUUGCGAAUUUAUUCUGAUGCCAAUACGUUCGAUUACUACUUUAUCUAAUGAUACUAACGAAGAUAAUAAUAAAUUAUAUUCAAUUGUUAAUGAACUUAUUUAUGAAGUGAUGAGUUUUCGUCGUCAGCAAGUAAAAAAAUUGAUGUCUGAACGUUUUCAAAAAAAGUUUCCUAGUGAAAAUGAUGAUAUCAAAGAACGAAAAACAAAAUUUGUUAAUUCAAUGAAACAAUAUAUGCUUUCUUUUAAGUUACAAAUAUGUUUAAAAAAAUGUUCAUCAUGUGAUUUAAAAUGCAUACACAAUGCUCAACAUACAGAAGAAGCAAAAUCUUUACUUGAAAAGAAGAAAGAUCAACUAGUGCAGCUACAAGUGUUACUAAACUCAACAACGUCAAAAAACAUUGAAGAGCGAAUUAAAAAUUUAAACGAUAUUGUUCUUGCUGCAAAGAAAAAUGAAAAUCAACUUCAUAAAGAAAAUAUUUCCUUAUCAAUUGAAUUAAAAUACUUAUCUGAUAAAGAAAAUCUCGAAACAAAUGUUACACAAUGUAGUUCCGAAGUAAAUACUGAAAAGAGCAAAAUCGACAAUUUUACACAAACAAUGAAUGAUAUUUAUAAUCAACUAAAAACUAUUCUGUCGUUGGAUGACAAUUUGAUAUGUUUCGAUCAAUUAUUACCUAAAUUAAAUGACGAUAUUGAGCUGCUAGUGAAUCCUGAUCAAUAUAAAAUUGAUGAUAUCAAUAAACUUAUUGCAAAUUUCCAUCAAAAUUACGAAACAGAUUGCACAUAUAAGGAUAAUUUAUGGUAUUCUCUUGUAGAAAAAGAAGCCACUGAACAAAAAGAAACAACCGGAGAAAAUAAAUCCACUGAUGAUUCUAAUGUUAAAACUUUAUUAUCGUUGAACAUGAUACCUAAUAUUAUUGAUGCUAUACGUAUUUAUCGUAGAUUUGUCCAAGAACAUUUAGAAAAAAUCAAAAACGAAUUCGAUAUUAAUAAGCAACAAUUAAGUAACAGUGAAAUUGAAAUUCAAAAUACUAAACAAAAAAUCAUCGAUGUUAGAAAAGAAAAUGAAGACAUGGAAAAAACAAUUGAAAUAAUGAAGAUCGAAUGUAGAGAUCUUAAUGAACAAUUAUCUGAUAUAAAUGUUAAACGGGAAACAUUAUCGAAAGAACUAGAAGAAGAAAAUACACUGGUAAAUACUAAAACUUCGUCUGAAGUUCAAAAACUUGAACAUUACAUGACAGAUUUACAAGAGAAACUCAAUACACGUGAUAGUUCAACAUUGAAUACUAUUCAAUUGGAAUCAAAAAAAACCCAAGAGAUUAUAAAAUUAGAGUAUUUUUUAAAAGAAAAGUCAGAAAAGGAAUGUAAGUUAGCAGCUUUCAAAAUGAAUAUCAGUUCAAUGGAUGAGAACACUCAAGUUACAGAGCAAAUAGGCAAUGUUGAGCAAGCAAUUGCAGUAAUUACAGAAAAAAUUAACAGUGUUAAUACAAAAAUUAAAUCUAUUGAGGAACAACAAUAUGAAAAACAGCAAUUAAAUGAACAACUCAAAGAAAUUAAACAACUAAUGGACAUUAUUCGUUCAUAUGAUCAACAAAUUGAGUCAGCUCAUACUAAAUUAUGUAAAACACAAGACAGAAAAAAGAAGAAAGAAGAGUACAUUGAAUCUUUGAAACUAGAAGACGAAACGGAAGGUAUUGAAGAUGAACAAAAUAUUUUAAUUCAAAUUAACAAAACACUUGAAGAUACUCAGACGUUAUUGAACAAUAUUAGACAAGAGAGACAACAUACAUGUGACAAUAACCACCUGUUAGUAAAGAUUUUGAAUACUCUUUACUAUGAUAUUUAUGAACAACAUCAAAAUAAACAGAAUCAUCUUGCAGAACUUUUAGAACAAUCGAAACAGUUGAAUGAUAAGAUCGAGAAAUUACAGAACUCUUUGAACAUUGAAGAAGAAAGAUUGAAGAAUCGAAAUGAAGAUAUGUUAAUUAAUCAAAUUUUUGUCGGGCAACAAGAAGAACAUGAAAAACUUAUGAACAAUGUUCAGAGCAACUCAUAUCUUAAUGACAUAGGAACCGAACUUUUUCAACUAUUGUCUGAAACUGAAACAUCAUUAAUCACUACUUCAGAAAAACUUGAUAAAGCUACGGAAGCAAAACGUUUAAUUCAAGAACAUAUGACAUUAUCUGACAAAUUAAAAUUAGCUACUCACGAACAUAAUCGACUUGACGCUCUGCAUAAUGAUUUAAUUCAACAGUUAAAUACAAUGAAGAGUAAUAAUUUUACUUGUCGCUAUGAAAACUCUCAAACAUGCAAAGAGCAGUAUGCUAUAAUUACUAAAGAAUAUGAUAAUGCACAAUUGCAAACCAAGAAAUUAGAAAAAGAAUUAGCUGACAUGGAUAUUUAUUCACGUCUGAAAAAUGAAAUAAAAAAGUUAGAAAAAGAGGCUCAAAGACAUUGUAGUUGUGAAACAGAUCACAAGUGUUCUGGAAUAUGUCGAAUAUGUUUUGAAGAAGAUCACAACAAACAAAAUAAAUGUAUGUUUUUAGCUGGUCAUGACGGAGAUCACAAGUGCGAUGCAGGUCAUGUUUGCACAAAAUUUUGUCAAAUUUGUGAAAUUUAUGGUUUUCAAAAUAAUAAAUGUGUUUUUGCAUAUGAACACAUAGAACCAAAAUAUCAUCAAUGCGAACGUAUUCAUCAAUGUCCAGCAACGUGUGUGUGUUCGGAUCCAUGUGCUAUAUCAUUGGGGCUUCAGAAGCAUGAAGAACAUCGAUGUAAUAAUAGUGAUUGUUGGAAACCUUGUAUGUUUUUAUGUGGUAAUUUAUGUGUAGUAAGUGAUCAUAAUCAUGAUAUUACUGCAGAAACUGUUUCAAUAAGUAUCAAUAAUGACAACUUAAAAAUGAAAAAGCACUUAUGUAAUCAACCUCAUUAUUGUAAAGGCAUAUGCAGUGCACCUGGUAUUUGCAAACAAGAAUAUAAAACGCAACAGCGAAAAUGGACGACAGAAUCUGGUAUUGAAUUUUUGUAUGACCAUAUCGAAGUAGAAGCAGUACGUGCACAAUGCGGGAUAAAAAUUGGCGUUGGUAAAGCUUCACAUGAUAAAUCACUACAUCAUAUUUGUGAUGGUCAACAUACUUGUCCAGAAAGAUGCCCCGAUUGUGGUUCAUUUUGUAGAGAUCCAAUUCAUCAUGAUGGAAAUCAUAGAACAAUACAUCGAAAUAAAGAUCAACAUAUAUUUACGAGUACAAAUCCAAGUCAACAAAUUGAAAUACGUUCAAGUGAACAAGAAGAGGCUACUGUGAGAGUUUAUAAAGUUGGCGAAUCAGCAAAACCAGAAAAUUGUACUGUAUCGUGUAAACGUCGUGGUCGUUCGCAUUUCCAUUUGAUUGAAUGUCUUGGUAAUUCAGAAUGCUUAGAAAAGAAACUUGGUCAUAAGGCAAAACAUUCUAACGAUAUUUAUUAUUGUGGAUUAGAUACACCUAGCGCAAAAAAGUAUGAUCAAGUUUUAUGUUCAGCAUAUUGGUUACUAAACAAAUGGCAUUCACCUAUUAAUGAUGCUGAUCGAAAAUUAAUUGAUUCAUGUAAUGCAUAUUGCGAAAAACAUGUAGAACGAGACAAGAAUGGUCAUAUUCUCAAGGAAUCUACCAAAGGCUUUUGCACAUUAGGUGCUUGGCAUGUUGAAAAUCAUGUUUUUGAGUGUCAAAAUAAUCAUCAAUCAUUAGAUAUGUAUGAAGGUAUUGAUGUAUGUUUUGUUAUUGAUACAACUGGAUCCAUGGAGCCAUAUUUUGAAAAGGUAAAACAAACUAUUCAAUGUAUUAUCAAAGAUAAUCAAGAAUUGUUGAUAAAACUUGCAAAAACAACAGCUAGUUUUCGAUUUGCUAUUGUUGAUUAUCGAGAUCAUCCACCAGAAGGAGAUUAUAUUUUUCGUACAUUUGAUUUUACGACUGAUACAUUAGCAAUGAAAUAUGUAACGACUUUAAAAAGUGGUUCUGGUGGUGAUUUUCCUGAAGCUGUACUUGAUGGUCUCGAUGCAGCAUGUGCAUUGACAUGGCGUGAGAAGGCUGAUCAUCUAUUAUUUCAUAUACUCGAUGCACCACCUCAUGGUAGAAUAUAUCAUACAAGUAAGGACGAUAAAUGGCCUGAUGGUUGCCCAUGUGGAAAAAUUGCUUCUGGUGUAUUAAAUAAGAUGAAAAAGAAAAACAUCACAUAUCAUGUUUUACGAUGUUCUAACCAUUUAAAUAUGAUGAUUACAGAAUUUAAAAAUUAUAUUGAUGUUAAAGUAUUAAAUUUCGACGAUAAAAUUACAUUUGAAAAUAUUAUAACUAGACAAGUCUGCCAGCGAUUAAUCGAUACUGAAAUGACAUUGAAAAAAACUUAA